UGGCUCAUUGUUUGUGGCCGCGCUGCACCGCCGAGCGGAGAGACGGUGGGUCAGAGGAAAAUGGCGGACGGUGUGGAUCACAUCGAUAUCUACGCCGACGUAGAGGAGGAAUUCAACCAGGAAAGCGACUAUCCGGUUCACGAGCAGAUCGACCUUUAUGAUGAUGUAAUCUCACCAUCGGCCAAUAAUGGCGAUGCUCCAGAGGACCGUGAUUACCUGGAUGCGUUGCCUGCACCGGGUGGUUCAGAGGGAGGAAAGAGCGCCCCACCCAAUGUGGUGUACACCUACACAGGAAAAAGGAUCGCCCUUUACAUAGGAAACCUCACAUGGUGGACAACAGAUGAGGACUUGACAGAAGCCAUCCAAGUGAUAGGAAUUUCUGAUGUGAUAGAGAUCAAGUUUUUUGAAAACAGAGCCAAUGGCCAGUCAAAGGGGUUUGCCCUGGUGUGUGUGGGCUCAGAGGCAUCGUCCAGGAAGUUAAUGGAUCUCCUCUCAAAGAGGGAGCUCCAUGGUCAAAAUCCCAUCGUCACGCCAUGCAACAAACAGUCACUCAGCCAGUUUGAGAUGCAGUCACGCAAAAGUGAGUAUUGUCAUUUCACAGGCACUCAAACGGGUCAGAUGUCUGGUGAGGGUAAAGCGGGUCCCCCUGGUGCAGGCCUUCGUGGUGGCUUCCCUAUGGGUAGCCGAGGCAGGGGCAGAUUCCCUGGACCAUCCGCUCCUGGAGGAGACCGCUUCCCUGGUCCUGUUGGACCGGGAGGACCACCGCCACACUUUCCUGGCUCGGGGAUGACACCAGAUCUGAUUAGGCACCAAGAUGGUCCUCUGAUGGAUAUGAAUUUCAAUCCCUUCCCGCCGGGGGGCAGGAACGGGAGCUGGCGUGGCAGAGGCGGCAUGCAGGGUCCCCCACGCCCCCCUCCUGGUCCACCUGGACCCCCCGGCCCUCCAGGACCUCCACCGCCUGGACAGGGCCUCCCCCCUCCCCUCUCUGGUCCUCCAAAUCGUGGUGACAGGCCUCCUCCUCCUGUUCUCUUCCCUGGACAAUUUGGUCAGCCACCCAUGGGACCCUUGCCUCCAGGCCCCCCUCCACCAGGUUAUGGCCCUCCCCCUGGUCCCCCACCCCCUCAACAGGGUCCACCACCAGGACCGUUCCCUCCACGUCCACCAGGUCCCAUUGGACCCCCCAUGGCCUUGGCGCCACCACCACACAUGCCAGGCCCACCACCAGGUGGACCGCCACCAGCCCCACAUGUCAAUCCUGCUUUCUUUCCCCCACCUGGCAACAACAACAUGCCCCCCAAUGACAGCAGAGGGCCCCCAGGUCCAAACGACCCAUACGGACGCCCACCACCAUAUGAGAGAGGAGACUAUGGUCCUGGAGGCCGGGAGAUGGAGGCCUCACGGACUCCUCUGAGCGAGGCAGAAUUUGAGGAGAUCAUGAACAGAAACAGAGCCAUCUCCUCCAGCGCCAUAUCCAGGGCUGUGUCUGAUGCUAGUGCAGGUAACAAGCAUACAUCUGAUUAUGGAAGCGCCAUAGAGACCUUGGUGACCGCCAUCAGUCUGAUAAAGCAGUCUAAAGUGUCGGCAGACGACCGCUGUAAGGUCCUCAUCAGUUCCCUACAGGACUGUCUCCAUGGAAUUGAAUCAAAAAGCUAUGGCUCUGCCUCCAGGCGAGAGCGCUCCAGAGAACGUGACCACAGCCGCUCCAGAGAAAAGAGCCGACGCCACAAAUCCCGUAGCCGCGACAGGCACGAGGACUACUACCGAGAACGCAGCAGGGAGAGGGACCGCCAUCGCGAGAGAGACCGGGACAGAGACCGCGAAAGAGAGAGGGAGAGGGAGUACAGACACCGCUAAGCGAGGACGUAAAGACUGUUUAAGGCCUCAACCUACAAUGAGAGAAGCUUUUAUCACUCAGGUAGGUAUCAGGUAAGUGCUUUAGUUUCAGUUAGUUUUAUUUUAAACCACUGUCCAAAAAAUGGAGAAAACACUGGCAGUGUCUUGAAAGUGACCUGUUAUUUUAUAGCCUACAGGCUCAAAGGCUGGUUAAUAAUUAAAUUCAGUAGCCACUUAAUGUAUUCUGCUAAAUAAAUGACAAAAUACAUGUAUAUAAGAUCUCAGUGAAGCCAUAACGCAGCACUAACCUGAUGCUAUUUUUCAUUUGACAUUUGGCAAACUCACCUCUGCAAAAAUGAAAACCUAAGAUUGGCUCACAAAAAGUGGAGAUAAUCUGAAUUUGGAUUUUACCAGCAGCUAUGGCCGGUGAAUCAAAGGUUUAAUAAUUUCCUGGGAUAAAUAUCAGAUUUAUUGCUGUGGCUUUUUUAUUAUGUACAUUUACAGCUAAUUCAAAUGUAUUGUGACCUGAGAAGGUUUGUCAGUGUCCUUUUGAAUAGUGGUGCCUGAUUGGCUAGUUUCAGAUGUCACUCUUUCCCAUUCAUUUUGCACAAUAUCUUGUAGUGAUACAGGGUUUUGUAUGGUCUGUACAUCUGAUUGUAUUUAUACAUGGUAAAUGUUUGGUUUAUAGUAAUGUUGUAUACAUUUUGCUAUUCAUUUUGAUUAAAUGCUGAAAAUAUAUCAAUGCUAUGUUGACAAGUGAAUUGAUUUUGUUUGGGAUACAAAAUAAUUUGACAAUGUAAUGAUGCCGUAUUUGCAUGACUAAUAUAUCUUGGCAUUUUGUGCAAAAUUCAGUUAUUUGUAGCUUAGUUUUUCUUGCCUCUGAGCCAUUAUUCCUCAAAUUCAGACAUUGAGGUGAAGUAAAACAUAUUCAUGCCUGUUUCAUAUCGUGUUCCAACAACAUUGCUGUCAGUGUGAUGUCCCAAUUCUGAUGCAGUUAAUGCACAUAUUGGGUAAUUAAGCUAGUAAAAUCACUGCUUUCAAAGUCCAAGCCUUUGUACCUUAAUCCAGGUCAUUGUUGAUAAUGUCAUUGUAUGAGACAGUUAAAUUAAAAAGAACCAUAAUUUGAUCUGUCAAAUUGUCAAAUAUAUGCAGUACAUGAAAAAUCCAAACAAUUCUUAAUCUUAAUACAACAAAAUCAUUGAUUGUAUGUUACUUUGUAUUUUACUAAUGAGUUGUAGCAUUUUGAUAUUUUUCUUUCAUGUGACUUUUAUUGAGGUUGAUGAUUUACGUAGUUACGUAGUGCUACUUUGCCUUCAUAUUUUGGCUCGUAGGAUAAUGGAUGGCUUUUUUGGAUGAUUUUUAGAUGAGUUGUAAUUGUAGCUUUUUACAAAACGUCUGCGCUGCUGUCAUACUAUUUGAGGUUAAUGCUUUUUUGGCAAAUUGUGCUAGUGUUUUUGUGGAUUCUCGGUUUUAGGGUUACACAAAUAUUUUGUAUAAUUUGUGGGAAGAGGCUUUCUUCCAUUGUGUCACAUGUGGGUUGACAAACAUAACCUUUUGUAAAUUUUUGGAACAGCAGAUGAUAUAUUGACAUUGAAAUGUUUUGUGUCGCUCUGCCACGCGUUUAGAUGUGUUGUUGCGUAAACCAGUCCUUGUAGAGCACAGUGUAAUAGGGUGUAUGGGACCUUUAGCAUCUCUGUAUAGUUGUGCAUCACCCCAAAUAAUAUUUCAUUUUACUUAAAAUAAGCUUCAUUCUUGGCACUUAAAUGUCUUAAGUUGCACCCAUGGAGCGGAAUGUAUGUUCUGUAUGUUUGAUACAGUAUUUGCAAAUUAGUGUUUAUUUUAAGUUCCUCUAAUCCUGUGAAAUAUUACCUGGGGUGGUUUUGCUUGUGGAGUUGCUGAACAUUGAAAGUUGGCUAAACUCGUACCAAAACAAUGUGACAUCGUGACUGUCUCAGUAAUCUGUCAUGUGUUCUUGUGUAGAGCUGUGUAAACCUUUAGCUGUCAAUGCAAGCUCAGUUAAUCUCACCUCUGUUCAACUCAAAGAUGAUUUUUUUCAUGAGAAGUGACUUGUGCCCACUGGGAACCUCUUGACAAAGUGUUUUUCUAAUAUUGUUCGAAUGUUUAUUUACUUGCAUAAUUUGCACAUUUUCAACACUGCUGAGAUUUUAUAGACCUCUGCAGUUCCAAUAGUAGCAGUGCAAUGGGAGCUUCUACAUUCUCCUUUAGAAACACAUCUUAGAUUCAUUGAUUUAUAAGAGAUCCCCAGUGGGUUCAAGUCCAAAUAACAUUUGGUAAUGUAAAGAUGCCAAACUGUAUUUCAAUAAGUUGAGAUCUAAAGGAAGUGGGCAAUAUUCAGUAUGUAACAUGAUAUAAAAGCCAAAUUUGUUCAUUGUCCGAAUGAUUAUGUCCGAAAUCUGCCUUUGCGUUCAGUCUGACAUCACACAGUAUGUAAAUUAGGAUAGUUACUGCUUUUAUUCCUGAUUGUAGUAUGGCAUUGUUGUGUCCAGUUAUAUGUUUUGAUACUGUUUAAUCUGUUCAUGUUGUGGUGGAACACAGUGCUUCCACUAGGCUGACAUAACAGGAUCAUGGCUCUAUUGAAAUAAAAAAACAGAUAAUUUGUUUGAUGUCCAACCAGGGCCAAACAGUUUGUUUAAAAUUAGCAGUAAUAAUUUUUGCCAAUGAGUCUGGGAAUUAUGUCGAUUUACUAAAUCUGACAUUGAAAGAUGGCCUUAAGUUGAAGUGUAGAAUAAGACAAUUAUAAUGUGCUUUUUGUCAAAGGAAGCAGAAUUGCUAAACAUACAUACUUUUCCAAACUUAUCAGGUCUGUAAGCUUUUCUCAGGAGUUGAUAGUACACAAUAGAGGCAAAGGUGAUGCUUCUACACUGUCCUUGUGCACCUGUGGUAAGUACCAAAUGUCAGGCUGUUUGAAUUGCUUGGCCCUGGUUUGACUGAAAUUUUGUAAUAAACGGAUUUAUCACAAGGCAUAUUUAGAAAGAUCAGCUCCAGUUCCCCUUGUAACAUAUGUUCUCGUCUCCUACGUAACAAGAAGUACCAUGUAGCUUUUAUGACUGUGUGAAAACUUUGAUUGUGGGAUGAACAGUUUUUUGUCUGUAAACAUGCACCAUGUAGAAAAACACAAAAAGUCCCAAUAUUCAUUUGCAUCUUUGAAUCAUGUAAAAUCAUAUGUACUGAUUUGAUCUGAUUCCUAUGGGGAGGAAGUGACGAUACCAGUUCUUUAACGUCUGUACGCUACAAAAUAAAUGUAUUAUUAGGGCCCCAAUAUUCUUGAUUCAAAAUGAUCACGAAUUAAACCAUAAUGUCAUCAGGUCAGUGGUGAAUUGUUGAUAGUAUUGAAGUAAUUUGCAGCUCUAAUUAUGAUUAAGGGAUUGUCUUUUUAGUCUGCUGUCUUUCAUAAUAGACUACAUCAUUACUGCUUUUACUUUAUAUUGGCAUUUAAACAAGACCACUUUUGGCUACCACAUCACUAGUUUGUGGCAAAGUAUUACCUUGUGUGACUGAGUCCGAUGCGUGCUACGUGUAGCUUUGUGUUUUGAUUUGUUUUACUUGGUUACCUUAAGGCCCAAUGGCCCCCAUUACACCUGGCAUUAGAAUGCCUUUUCUGUGAUCAGAUACUGAUCAGAUGGCACUUUACCACAUGCAUUUACACCUGGUUCCUCCGCUCACGUAGUUGUUGUGGGUGGAGUGGAGACGUAUCGCAUUUACACUUCUGUUCAAUCCGGUCACAAUGCGUCCCCGGCCACCAAAGUGGCUUCACAGGUCGGAGAACAAUCCGUCCUCAGGUGUAUUUACACCUGUACUUGGUCAGGCGCUAUCCGAUUGCAAUCUGAUCACAGACAACGCAUUUUAAUGCCAUUUGUAAAGGGGGCCAAUGAUUGCUGCAUGCACUGUCUGUUAAAAUCAUAGUGUUUGACUCUGGCUGGUACUCACAACACUCAGCAAAUAUUAGAGGUUAUGACAUUUUAUCUAUUAUUGAUCAGUUGCCAACCAAUUUGAGACGCUAGCAUAGCUUUCUGAACCAAUUUUGGACAUUUAUACAACAAUUAUUGCUUUAAUUAAUGAUAAAACCAGUACAUUUCAUAAUCCCAAAGCAAGGACAAUGGUGUUACAGCAUGUAAUGUAAGUUUUGAAUUCACUCUUGUAUGUCCAAAGAGAAUAGCCUUAUAUACGUUUCCAUUGAUUGUCUACAUGUAUAUUGUGAAUGAACAGUUCUGAAGCUACAUUUCAGUAGCCGAUGAGUUGUGUUUAAUGUUUUCUGUGUCCAUGCUGAUAGAUUUUUACAUCUGAUAUUUCCUGUUGGAGUUUGCAUGACAUGUUUCUGUCUGUGCAAGGGUUGGGGGCAAUACAUGAUCAGCUGAGAAUUACAAGAGUAACAAAUGUGUUUGUACAAUUUUUUUUUUUUUAAUUAAAAAUCCGAAAACCAUUUUCGGUCUGUAAACUAGAAAAAAAAAUCUGAUCCCCCAGACGCCCCCUUUUUAAGUGGACUUGGAUGAAUUCCAAUAUCCAGACUCCAAGUUAUGAUGGUGAAUUGAACCCAGCCCUGGUGUGCACUGUAUAUGUAUGUGUAGUGUAGAGGUUUACUGGUGGGGAUGGGGAGUGUUCACUGUUGGGCUGCCUCGAAACCAAACUCCACCCUUCGUUUUGACACCUUUCAGCUCACGUGGAUCAAGGAUGGAUGGAAGGAAAAGGAGGAAACGCUUUCAGUGCACCACCACCACCACCACCGCCUCCUCUCCACCCUGCAUAUCCGGACAGGAUUUACAACCACCACCUCUUCCUCCACCCCUUCAUCUCUCUUCUCCUCUCCUUGUCCACCCAUCCUUCUUUGUCUCUUCAUCUUGUCUGCCUGACUAAGAGCAGUGGAUGGAGGACCCAGACUUGUGUAAGGCUAUGUUAUCCAAACACCUAUACUCAUGGUAACUAAAGAUGAAAGAAAAAAAAAAAAACUUUCCAAAUGGCCCUUUUGUUUUUACAAUGUUUUAUUUGACAUGAAGAUGAGUAUGUGUGAUGCUUUUUUGCAGAUAAAUAAUAAAAUGCCCCGCACGACUCCCAAAUAGAAAACGCAAACAUUACAUCCUAGUUUUUUUUGGUUUUUUUGUUUUUGUUUUUUUUAAUUUUCCUUGGCUCGCUGUACUGUGUACAUUCGGUUUAAAGAUAAGUUUUUAUAGGGUACGUGUUUGAUGUUUUCUCCCAUCCUUCUCUCAUUCUCAUUUAUUCUUUCCAUGGUUAGUAUGUUUGUAAAUGUCUCUGCUUUUGAUUAAAAACUAGAUGGUGUUGUAAUAAAAAAUGUUUACUGAGGUACACUCUGCAUUUGGUGAAUUCCUCUAUAUAUUUAGCUCAUUUAUGUUAAAUGUAAGCUUUGGAAUGCAAACUGGUUUUCAUAUUGAAACUUGUCUUGGCUUAUACGUGUUAUUGGGUUCUUUAACCCUUUUGUUUUUCUUUGUAAACACGUGUUUUAUAUGGUAAAUGAAAUUUUGAGAAUGCCCAUUGUUCUCUGACUGGAUGGGAAAUAUUUUAGUGGAAACCUUGAACAAGUUGAGGUCAACUUGUACGUGCACAUUUUUUGACUGGAAAACACACUGUUAAAGCUUUACCCGCCCCCCAAAAAAACAAUGUUCACCGUGGUUUCUGAUGUUUAAGUCAUGUGUAACCUCACUGAACGGUCAUCGCAGGGCCAUUUCCAUACCAAAUUGUCGGUUUUGUGAAUGUAAAAUCCCAUGAAUUUGUACGACUUAUCAAUGUUUGUUGGUGCAACUAUUGAAGUCACAGCUUAACUGGAAUUGGGACUCAAUCUCAGAAUAUCUGUUCCAUCGGUGAAAACGUGCAGUCAAAUAUUUUUUUUAUUAUUUUUUUUUAAGUCUAUGCGAUCGACUUGUUUUUGUUUGUACUUUUCUUAAAUCCUGACAAAGGGUAUGGCACAGCUGGUUAUUCAAAUACAGUGUGUUAGGUAAGGCAUUUCAAAAUGGUGCACUACACCAGACUUGUAUUCAUGCCUAAAGUUUUGAUUAUUGUAAACAUUGUGAUUCAAGGUUUGUAAAAUAGAAUAUAUUGGUUUUAUAGGGUUUAAAAUUUGAGUAAAUGAGUGUUUAAUGAGGUGACAUAUUGCUGUUUGUUUCCAUUGUACUUUAAAACAAAGGAAUAUCACCUUAGGCUGAUAUUAUGUUCACCGUAAAAAACAAAAUCGAUACCUCAGUAUUUUAAGUGAAGAAUCCAUUUUUUCUUUUUCUUUUUUCUUCUUUAUUUAAGAUUAUUUUUGUCCAUAAUGUUUGUUCAAAGCUCCAUGACCAUCCCCAAAAAUAAUCUCACUGUUGCUAUUGAAUGGACUUUUUGGUCGUUGUCUGAGUCCGCCUUAAAACUCUCAUUUGUCUGAGAUGUAUUUUUGCUCUUAUUAUGUAGUCAUUUAAAUCUCGUAGACACACCCAUCUAUGCAAACAAACAAGGGAAAUGUCACCAUGUCAAUUCUCUUGAAGAAUUUCUUAAAACUAAUACAGCUGCACACAUCUCUGCUUUUAAUUGUUUUGGUUGACUGAUUCUCUUUGGGUGUAUACAGCUGAUGCAUUAAUUUAAUUUGUUGAUACUUAAAUUUGCAUAAGCAAACUAAAUCUCACUUUCAGCAUUUGUCUCAUCAGCCUGUAUAAGUGUGUCUGUGUGUGUGGCUUCAUUUGUGGACUUGUUUGGUGUCACUGUAGUUGCCUUGUAGUGAUUUCUCUCCACAGUCUUAAAGGUAAGUGUUUUCAGGUCGUCAUGUUCCGCAGAAAAGAAGAAACAGCCAGACUGGCACUAAGAUGUUGGAAAGUAUAUUGUUUUGUAUUCAAGUGAUUUGUUAAAGCUGGUAAGUGUUAGAAACUGAUUUUUUUUUUCUUUUUUAGAAACAUUCAAUUCAAAUCAUGAAUAUGAACUUUUAUUAACGUUCAAUAUAGAGAAUGAUUGUUCAUCAGGGCCACAUGAUUUGAAGACUAUUAAUUACAGUUUGAUAAUCAGUCAUGUUUGUGUCUAAUAAAUAUACACCAAAUGUAGCUUCAUCAUAGUUUGUGAUUUAAUGUUCAUUCUGGUGAGCAUUCUGAAGACGUUUUCUGAGAAUCACUUUACUGUCCAGAAAAGACCAAACAAACAAAUUGAAUGCUUUCAUACGAAAAUAAAAGCCUCUAAAA